AUGAUAUAUGCUUUAUUGGCUUUUGGAAUCCGAGCUCGGCUAAAACUUUAUUUUUCCAUACCAUCAUCAUCUGUCAUUUUGACAAUUGGUUCUCCGUUCAACAGAUGGUAAAGAUAUUGCAUGAUGCUGCUUGUCUCUCAUUGGCUGCGUUUACGUUUUGCCAUAUCUUAUUCUUUCCAAUAAGGAACAGAAAAAUACCCCAUUUUUCGUGUAUGGUUACAGAAUUUUCCAAGAUUUCCUGUGCGAAUUUAGAUGAAUAGUUUCGAGGUGAUCUCGUCUAAAAAAAUAAAGACCCAUCUAAUGAACACAAAAUGCUCUUUGUGUUUCUGGAUAGGGUGUACUCCACUUUUGAGAAAAUUAGGAGGCGUUGACUGAAAGGGGCAGAAAAAGAUUGAGCAAUCGUAUGCGCAACUCUGCCAGAAAAUGGUGAGAUGUGACACAAGUUUGUUUCAUUUGGCUAACCAAUCUCAUUGCGGUUUAGUGCAUAGCGCCAUCAAUGCCAGCAGGACAUUCCGCUGAUCGUAUAAAAGAGCAGAAUUAAAAGACUGACG